ACUUGAUGAGUUGGUCUUCCUCGUCGCCCAUGCCGUUGCCUUCGGUGACGCCACUCCACGUCGACGCAUUUACUUUUCCUCCGGCUGUUGAGUCGCCCGCUUCCCACAAAAAGCUAUUCCUCGGUGGUGCAGGGAUACGAUGGUUUGAUAUUGAAGGCAAGUUCGUGAUUGUGACGGUCAUCGGAGUCUACCUUGAAGCUAUGUUGUUACCAUCACUCUCCGUUAAGUGGAAAGGCAAGAAUGCAAAGGAGUUGACGGAAUCCGUCCCUUUCUUCCGUCAACUCGUCACAGGUGAGUUUGAGAAAUUCGCAAGGGUGACGAUGAAAGUGAGGUUAACGGGAACACAAUACUCGGAGAAAGUAGUAGAAUACUGUGAGGAGAUCAUGAAAGCGUCAGGGAAAUACACAAGAUCCGAAGCCAAAGCCAUCGACCAAUUCUUGAUGGUCUUCAAAGACCAAGAUUUCCCUCCCGGCUCUUCAGUCCUCUUCGCUAUCUGUCCUAAAGGCUCUCUCACAAUUGCAUUUUCGAAAGGGCAGACAGUCCCGAAAACUGGAAAAGCGGUAAUCAAGAAUAAGUUGUUGGGUGAAGCAGUUCUUGAGUCGAUGAUUGGGAAGAAUGAAAAACUGGAUGAUUGUCAACCGAAAUCUGUACAGAGAAACGGUGCAAAGUUACAGCAAGACAGGUCAGCGUUGUUUGACAUAACGAACGACUCUCCGAUCGUAGGUCUGGCGAUGCAGACACCAUCCUCAGGAUUGGUUGGGAAGAGGAGGAAUAUGAGCAGAAUCAACAACACUCCUGGAUCUGGUGAGGCUCUCUUGAGAGGCCAAGUCAAGACCCUCUUGCACAAGGUUGAAGAAGAAGCAGAUCUCACCAAGAUUUCAAUUGAAUCUCGUCCCUUCAUCCAUCUCGUUACUUCUCCCAUGGGACUUCUCGCCCCAACUCCGGCCAACACCCCUCAAGUUCUCGAUUUCUCAGGUAAUAACGAUGAAGUGCAGAUUGUGAUCACUUCUCCGGUUGUUGCAGGACAAUUCAGAGCAGCAUCUAAGAUGGUGGAAAGCAACACGUUUGGUGAGAAGGAAGAGAGCCUGGAGUUAGAGAAGAGCCCGAGCAUAACUCGGUCAUUGCUGCUGGACUUUAGUGAUAAAUCAGAAUUAUGGGAGAGCUCAGGCUGCUCCUCUGGGGUGACUCAAAACCCAGAGGAUGAUAACUCGUCAGUGUGGUCGAUGCAGGCCAAUGCAAGUGCCAAAGACGAAGAGGAUGAUGAAGAGGAGGAAGCCUAUUCUUCUUACGGUGAGGAAUACUACGACGAGGAAGAGGAGGAAGAAGAGGGAGGGAUUUUGGAUGGGUUGUGUGAAGGGAUGAGGAAGAUGAGCGUAGAUACUGAAUUUGCAGGGAAACACACUCGAUUUGUGUAUGACAGUGAAGAUGAAGAGAUUGUGGAGGCCAAAGAGCAAUCUCCAGGAGUGCUGCGUUUGAAAGGUUUUCCUACACCAACUGGAAAACAUGUCAGAUUUCCCGGCGAUGAAUGAGCCCAAAUUUUAUUCUUUCUUUUUUUGGAGUUGUGACAAAAAGCCUCAAAUGUCUCGACUUUCAUGUUAAUCUUUCUUUUCUUCUUUUUCUUGUUGUUGCUCGAUGAUUUUACAAACCUGAUUCUUGGGCCUAUACCUUGUUAUUCUUCAAUAACUAAAGUGUAAUCGGAAUU